AUUUUGUGGAGGUGUAAAACAUUGUAAAGUGACUCAUGUAUCCGCUCAUAUUCGCAAUAUUAUUAGUUAUUUCACAAUUAAAGUACACUCGGUGACUUUAAUUUGUGCCGGAUUCGGAAACAGAUAGUGUUAUCACAAUAUAACACACAUAUUGAACAUCCUGCUCCCUAUAAUAUAAAUUGACAGGCCGGACAAAAUACACCAGUUCUUAAAUACGUUUCAUUCGGGAUAGAAUAGUUAAUCACGGCUACGCGAUGGAUAAUUCAGAUAGUCCAAAUCUACAACUUCUGCUUAAGUUCGACUGGGAGCAACAUCAGACGCGUUUUGGAGAUAACAUUUUUCACGUCAUUGCUAAAAAAGGAUGGUUGAAGAUGCUGUAUGCACUCGAGGGGUUCGUGGAUGAAACGGUCGAGCCAUGGCUGCGAGAGCGGAACAAGGUCGGCAAUACUUGCCUCCACGAAGCAGCCCGGAGAAAUAAAGGACAGCAAGCAAUACAGAUAAUGGAAAAGUUAGUAGAAUAUGGAGCAGAUCUGAAUUUUAAAAGUUCUUGUCAGAAACCUGUACUUCACGUGGCAGUUGAAAAAGAAGACCAUAAACUAGCUGCAUGGAUAUGUCAGCAACCAGGCAUCAAUUUGGAAGCUGAAAAUUCCUCAAAAUACACGGCGUACCAGUUGGCAUCGAAAAAAUGGCGCAUAAGAGACAAAAAAAUGAUGGAGAUACUAGAAAACCAUGGUGCAGUUACUCGAGAAAAUAGCGACAGGGAAGACGAAAAGAGUGAUUCAGAAGAAGAAGAAAGUGAUUUAGAAUACGGACCGUAUGAGUGAAAAAUAAAUAGUGUGUUCAUAACUGUUGUGUACGUGUCGCGGAUUGCAUAUGUGUGUUUUAUCAGUAAGUGAUGUGCUGGAUAUAGACAAUGUAGACUAAGUUAGUGGGUUUAGAAUAACGUGCAUGUUAAUUUGUGUAAAAUUAGUUCAUAAAGAUUAAAAAGCAACUGUAAUCUAAGCAAUAGUCUAACUACUGUAACCAUAGCUUAUAAAUAUCUAGUUGCGAAUUUUUAUGUUUAUUUUUGACCGGAGUGUCAUUAAUCACAUCCGAUACGGACGAACAAAAAUUGAAAAAUUGAGAGAUCUUUAUUGGUAUAUAGUUAUAUUGUAAUUUACUAUUUGUAGCUUUUUUCUUAAUUGUUGUAUCAUGUAAGUUUUUGGGUUAUAUUUUACUUUUCAUUUUCAUAAUAAAGAUA